CUAAGUUAGUGGUGACUUGGAAGGCUCUCAGUUUCCAUCCUGCACUAGAGCUCCUCCUUCUAUUUAAAGGCUCCAAGAGAACCUUCAUCACAUCGACGAAAACAAGAUAAAAAGCCAAAGGAAAUGGCCACCGGAAGCUUCCGCCAUUACGGCUUAGGCUUUGUCCUUCUGUCAUUGCUCCUCCAGCUUCUGUCGGUUACGUGCACAGGUUCCAGUGAACUUCAGUCGAAUUACUAUGCCGAGAGCUGUCCGAACGCAGAAGAAAUCAUCAAACAAGAAGUCGCCAAGCUCUACGAUGAACAUGGCAAUACCGCCAUCUCCUGGAUUCGCAAUCUCUUUCAUGACUGCAUGGUCCAAUCCUGCGAUGCCUCGCUCCUGCUAGAAUCAAAGCACGGAAACGGGAUCGUGUCGGAGCAGGCAUCUUCGAGGAGCUUCGGGAUGAGGAAUUUCAAGUACGUGACCAAGAUCAAGGAGGCUCUAGAGAAGGAAUGCCCCGCGACGGUCUCUUGCGCCGACAUCAUCGCCCUCUCCGCGAGAGAUGGCACCGUUCUCUUAGGGGGACCGCGCAUUGAAAUGAGAAGUGGAAGGAGAGACGGCAGAGAAAGUCACGCGAGUGUGGUGGAAGAAUUCAUUCCUAACCAUAAUGAUUCGAUGGCGUUGGUGCUUUCUCGUUUUGAAUCUGUUGGCAUCGAUGCUGAAGGAACAGUCGCUCUCCUUGGAGCUCAUUCGGUUGGUCGAGUUCAUUGCGUCAACCUAUACGACAGACUCUACCCAACCGUGGACCCAACCUUAGACUCCGACUACGCCGAAUACCUGAAAGGCCGGUGCCCGAUGCCAGACCCAAACCCGGAGAAGGUGCGGUACUCGAGGAACGACAGAGAGACUCCGAUGGUGCUGGACAACAUGUACUACAAGCACCUGUUGGCUCACAAGGGACUGUUGCUGGUAGAUCAGCAGUUGGCUUCAGAUCCAACAACCGCUCCUUUCGUGGAGAAGAUGGCUGCCGACAACGGCUACUUCCAGGACCAGUUCGCGAGGGCCAUGCUCGCGUUGUCCGAGAACAAUCCUCUCACGGGAGAUGAAGGAGAAAUUAGGAAGGACUGCAGAUACAUUAAUGCAGUCUAAAGAGAUGUUCACCAUGGGGCCAUUUCCAAGGAUUUGAGUCUGCAUGACUUGGGUCUUUUUAUGCUUGAGUAAUAGUACAAACAGACAUUUUAUAAGUAUGUCUAUGCUCCUUUUUUUCCAUUUGUAGACACAGAACAAAUUUCAGUGCGUCAUAAUUUUCUGAUAUUUGAUUAGAUGGUAAAAUCGUGCAA